CCGGCACCAAAAAAUAGUUCUGUGAAAUUUUUUUUUCGUAUAAAUUUCGCAACUUUCAAGCAAUUUUUCACAUUCAAAGAUGUUCAGUCAAUUGAAAAUUUCAUCAUCCUUGUUCAAGCCAGUGCAUUCAGGACGACAGUUCUUCUGGUGGGUUAACAUGAUGUUCAAUCGAGUCGAUGGUGAGAGAAUUAAGGCUCUUGGGCAUGAUAGGUGCACAGCUGAAUGGCUCCUCCGUAACGGAUCAUGUGUAAAAUUCACCAGUGCACCCAAUCCUCUCUGUGACUACAACCUCCUCCCGCCAGAAAACUCAAAAUUCUUUGUCCAAGAAAUUAUAGCUGAUGAUGCUGGCAUCAGUCACAUUGGCUUUUCACACAUCAAAGGCUGCACAAAAUUAGAGAAAAUUGUCCUCAAAAAUUGUGGCUACAUUGAGGAUGAAGCCUUGGAAUAUUUAAAGUACAGAAAGGAUUCAUUAAAGCACUUGGAACUGAUCGAUUGUAAGAAUUUAACUGAUUCGGGUUUGAGGUGCUUGAAGGAUCUGAAUUUGAAGACAUUAGUUAUUACAAAUGUUCCAUAUGUGAAGGAUUUUGAAGGAAUUAAGGCGGAACUGAAGGCUGCUUUGAAGGAUUGCGAUGUUAAAAUGGAGCAGUAGUUGGCAAGCUAUAAGAUAUGAAAUUCGAUUUUUUACUCUAGUCAAAAAAUAAAAUUUGUCAAAAAAGAUCUGAUGUUUU